AUGUCCGGUAUCGUGUUCGAAUCAUGGUUCUUCAAGCUCUGGGAUGUAGCUGGUUUCAAUUGUGGAGCUCUUCAUGGCUUAUACAGAACAUCGCUGGCUAUGAUGAGUUACUAUCCAUGCCGUCGCCAUAUGAAGAUGACCCUCCGAGACGCUCGCAUUCUACACGAUUUAAAUCCUCAACGCCGCCUCAGUCGUUGGUCGAACAAUCCCGAACGCCAGAACGCCAUCUCCGACAAUGUCGGGGCCUUCAACACGCUCAACCCCCUUGCGACGAUGACCGGCGCGCUCGUCUUUGUCAUGUUCGCUGCGACGACGCCCGGAGCUGUCAUUGUGUUCGCUAUUCUCUAUGGAGUAUUUUUUGGAGGCUUUGUCGCAAUGGUCCCGCCUACGCUAGCUUCGACGGCCCGUAGCCCGGACGAAAUCGGGAUAUGGAUAGGCUCCGGCUACUGCUUCUGUUCCCUGGCUAUGCUUACUGGCUCACCCAUCAGCGGUGCAUUGCUAGGGCCGAACAACGAUUGGGCGAAGCCGAUCGUCUUCAGCAGGGAGCAGCAUGUAUAG